AUGAUCGAUGGCUGCUACCGGCCGGUACCGUUGAGGCCGUCCCCCCUCCGGUAUCGAGGGUUUCUGGGUGCGGGAGGAAGGACGUUGAGGUUUCCGGUAGAGUCAGAUCAGAUCAGCGAUGACCGACCGGGCCCUGGCCAUCCACCCUCUCACCCCACCCUGCCUGUCAUGUCCAUAAUCUCCACGCCUAGCCAUCCCUGGCACGCCUAUCCGUACUCCGUACUCCGUACUGAUAUGCGAAUGCUGAGCCAAUCCAUGCCGCGACGACGCGCAGUGCGAGGUGCCGGGAGCGGACAAAGGUUGAAACAUGAAGUCGCUGGAGGAGAGCAGGGACAGGCGGGGAAAGUCCGGUCUGAUUAUGCUGCCGCCUUGGUUUCUUGGUUCUUGGUUUGCAGUGGUGGUGGUGGUGGUGGUGGUGGUGGUGGUACACGUCUUCUCGGUCAAGGCCUCUACCUACACAAGCAGACCAUCUUUGAUAGGACAGUACGGAUCCCGGGUGGAGAAAAACGUACCGACUGGGUCAAAGGUGAAAGAAAUGGACCGGGGGCAGGAGCAGGGACAGGGUUUCUAGUCCAUUUAGCGUUGAGCAUAACAACCCGCAGCAGCAGCUCUUUCUCAAGAGACUCAAGACUCGAUAGCUUCGACAGUGAAUGGCCUGAGGUUUCGAUUCCCGUCUCAGUCAUUAGAGUAUACAUCUUGGCGCAAUGUGCGGGAGUCGAGAGUAACAGGUCCGUUCUUGUCUCGUUCCAAUAUCGACCGACAAAUCGAAAAGAGUUGGGACGGAGAGAGUGUCUAAACUUGGCAUCCCGCCGCCUAGCAGAGCAUGGCGACGCAUCCAGUCGGCUCAAGUUCGCAGGUGGUUGGAAGACUGAGGCAGUUGACGAUCAAAGUGUUUGCGGCUCCAGCCGGACAUUGGUCUCGAGAGUUGUUGGCCCGGCACUACCCCAUACCUGCCUCCUUGAAGUUGUAUUAGCCUUUUCCUCAACACUGAUUCUACCCCAGACCAUCGAGCCGCCGUUUGGUCUUGAUCGUUCUCAAUUAGCUUCGCCAUGUCUCGAAUCUCGUUUGCAUCAGGCGGCUGGUAUGAGAGAAUGCCGUUUCCAUCGUCAUCGUGCCGGGGACGGAGAUUAUGGCGCCCUCUUGUCUCUCUCUGCAAAGUCUGAGGUGCAGGGCACCAGCGACCGACCCCAGUCGGCUCAGCCCAGGCCAAGCAGCCCAGGCCCAUGCCGCAAAGAAAGAAGCGAAGACGCAGGCACAGACCGGCGCAGGCAGGCCGCAGGCGAGCAAUGGCAGGCACGGCAGGCACUGAGGCAGGCAAGGAAGGCAUGGGUUCACGUUUUGGAAGCAAUGGCCCUGCCCUACCUCUACAAGUAUGUACCUGCCCUUGCCCUGUCCCUUCCUUCCUGUCUGCCCGGGACCGGAACUGAAGUCCUUGCCCGCGCGCACUGCUUGCGACACCCAGAACAAGCCAUAGAAGGGACAGGGCAGUCUCGUAAUAGACGAAACAAGCCCCAACCAUUCCCCCCAGUACCUGAUCUAGGUAUUAUCCCCCCAGUACAAGGAAGCUUCCAUUAUCGGUCAGUUCACGAUGCUCGUUUGGAACACACACGGAUGGGGAACCCAACUCUCAGGCGCAAAAGAUCCGGUGAAAAAAGUGCACCUACCAUCGUCGUCGCGUCGUUCGCCCGCUCUUUCUCGCUUGACUGGGCACUCCAAGGCGAAGACGCAAAGCAUCCCACACCACGACGUGUGGCCCACGACGGGUGCACGAUUUCUCGGGUCGCUAGCACUCCCUUUCUAUCCGAUUCGGCCCACGAUCCAUAUCGGCGGAUAGCCAAAGCCGCACAUUACAUCACCUUCAAACGUUUGGCCUUAUCUCGACCACCUCGUCUUAUCAGAGACGUUUUACCGAUAUCUUCCAUCCUUAUGGCGCGCGUCUCGGUCGCGUCUCACUGUCAGCAUGCCUUCUUUGCACCCUAUGCUUUGUCUCUCCAAUUACACCGCCAGCCUGGUUCUCAAAAGACACUGAGUGUUGCCGUCGUGGAAGGAUGGACGUGGCCACGACUCGAGCAAGCCAACGGCGACACGAGGCAGAACCAAUGGUGGAACCAACACUCGAGACACUGGACGAAGAUGGGGGAUGGGAACAUGGAUGUGAAGGACAAGGAAGGGACAAGCAAAAGAAGACUGUGGUUGUCCCCGCAAGUUUGCUCUGGAACUAUUCUCAACAAGGCCGAACCCAUGACAAACAUCAAACACUCCUGCGAAAAGCUUCGUUUCCUUUGGCUAUGCUAUUGCUUUGGGGGCCGAUCUACCAUUACUGGAAUGCACUGGGAAGCAGAAGCAGGCCAGGGACAAGACAGGCAGAAGAGUCAGAUUUUGACGGCACGUUUGUGCGUUGUUUGCGCCGUGUCUUUGGAAGCGCUAAGACGACGCCGACCCGCUCUGUCGCUGAUGACUGAUGAAUCCAGGGAAUUCUGGACUAGGGCUGGCGAUAGCAACGACACCGAUGCCGGCAUCAGCUUUUAUCGAUGGUGGCCGUUGGCACGAGCUACCCUACCGGCGCCUGGUAUGGAUGGCAUAGACAUUGUUGAUGCCGACGCUGACGGUAGUAAGACUUUGGCUCCCACGCUCCAUACUGGCGGCAACGGCGUGAAGAACUUUUUGUCGUCAAAAUGUCUCAUUCCGGCCAAGAAACGGCUGGGCGAGGGUUGA